AUAAUUUCAAAAAUUUUUUUUUUCGUCUUAGAAAACUUUUUUUUUUUUUUUUAAAUUUUUUUUUCUCUAACGAUAGUUAUAUAGUAUAUAAAAAUGUCAACUACAUUCUUAUUCACUAGUGAAAGUGUCACUGAAGGUCACCCAGAUAAACUUUGCGAUCAAGUUUCAGAUGCCGUUCUCGAUGCCUGUUUAGCUCAAGAUCCACUCUCAAAAGUUGCUUGUGAAACUGCCUCAAAAACUGGUAUGGUCAUGAUUUUAGGUGAAAUUACCACUAAAGCUGUUGUUGACUACCAAACUGUUGUUCGUAAUGCCGUUAAAAAAAUCGGUUUUGAUGAUUCAUCAAAAGGUUUCGAUUACAAAACCUGUAACGUUUUAGUUGCCAUUGAACAACAAUCACCAGAUAUUGCCCAAGGUGUCCACAUCAACAAAGCCCCAGAAGAUAUUGGUGCUGGUGAUCAAGGUCACAUGUUUGGUUAUGCUACCAACGAAACUGCCACUUUAAUGCCACUCACCCAUUUCCUUGCUUCAGAAUUAGUCAACAAAUUAACUGAAUUAAGACACAAUGGUACCUUAGCCUGGGCUCGUCCAGAUGCCAAGACCCAAGUCACCGUCGAAUACGAAAAAGUCGGUAACAGCAUCAAACCAAAGAGAGUCCACACUGUUGUCAUUUCAACUCAACACGACGAAAACGUUACCAACGAAGUCAUCAGAUCUGAAUUAUUAGAAAAAGUUAUCAAAGCUGUUAUCCCAGCCGAAUAUUUAGAUGACCAAACCAUUUACCAUUUAAAUCCAUCAGGUCGUUUCGUCAUUGGUGGUCCAAUGGGUGAUUCAGGUUUAACCGGUAGAAAGAUUAUUAUUGAUACCUAUGGUGGUUGGGGUGGUCACGGUGGAGGUGCCUUCUCAGGUAAAGAUCCAACCAAAGUCGAUAGAUCAGGUGCCUACGCUGCUAGAUGGGUUGCCAAAUCAAUCGUUGCUGCUGGUCUUGCUGAACGUUGUUUAGUUCAAGUUUCAUACGCUAUCGGUGUUGCCAAACCAUUAUCAGUUUACGUUGAUACCUACGGUACCGGUAAAAAAUCAAAUGAAGAAUUAACUGAAAUCGUCAACAACAAUUUCGAUUUACGUCCAGGUUGUUUAAUGAGAGAUUUACAAUUAACCAGACCAAUUUUCCAAAAAACUGCUGCUGGUGGUCAUUUCGGUCGUAACGAUCCAGAUUUCACUUGGGAACAACCAAAACAAUUAAAAUUCUAAAUUGGGAUUUCUAAAAAAAUAUAUACUAUAACAACAACAAAAAAUAAAAAAAAUUAAAAAAUAAAAAAAAAUUU